AUGUCUGAAGUUAUAACUCCAAAUUCAAAUCUUCAUCAAUCUUCCAAUAUUCCUACACCUAUAUCUAAUACAAAUUCAAACCCUAAAUCAAAUCUAGAUUCUUCAUUAGGAUCAAGAGAGAUUUGUAAAAAAUGUAAUCAAUUAAUAAUUGAAGGUCAUGCUUAUGAAUUAGGUGAAGAUAGAUGGCAUAUUGAUUGUUUUAAUUGUUCAAAAUGUAAUACUUCAUUAGGUUGUAAUUCAAAUUUUUUAGUAUUAGGUAAUGGAAAUUUAAUUUGUUCAAAUUGUUCAUAUAAUUGUAAACAAUGUAAUAGAAAAAUUGAUGAUUUAGCUAUAUUAACUGGUGAUCAAGCUUAUUGUUCAAAUUGUUUUAAAUGUAGAUCAUGUAAAAAUAAAAUUGAAGAUUUAAGAUAUGCAAGAACUUCAAAAGGUUUAUUUUGUAUGGAUUGUCAUGAAAAAUUAAUGGCUAAAAAGAAGAAAUAUGAUGCAAAAAAGAAACAUUUAGCUAUGUUACAACAAAAACAAGCUCAAUUAGAGAAGGAAAAAGAAGAAAGAGAACAACAAUUACAACAACAACAACAACAACAAAGACAAUAUGAAGAUCAAAAUAAAAGACAUUUACAAUCUGCCAAUAGUUCAAGAAACAGUUUAAUUCAAUCUUAUAUGACUAAUAAUAAUAAUAGUGCUUCAAAUUCUAGCUUUUAUGAUCAAAAUCAAAAUGAUUCUACAAAUUCAUUAACUUCACAUAAAAAUAAAAAUUUACCUGCACCUCCACCACGUUCACAUAAUCCAAUUUCUCCAAAUAAAUUAAAUGAAAAUCGAAACAUAUUAAAUUCUCAAGAAACAUUACUUUCAAAACAUUCAUCAAUUCAAAGAGAUUCACCAGAAUCUUUCUAUACAAAUUCCGUUAAUGAAAAUUCAUUAAGUAAACCAAAUUCUGCUUCAAUUUUACAUAUUGAUAAUGAUUUUUCAAUUGAAGAAGUACAAAAUAGUUCUGAUUCAGAUUCAAAUGAAAAUACAAUUAAAGCUGAAACAUCAUUAAGGAAUAAAAAUUCUAGAUCAAAAGUUAGUAAUGGAUUUUAUACACCUAGGGUUGAUAAUCCUAUAAAAACACCAGGACUGGAUGAAAUGAAUGAUGAUAGAACAAUUAAUUUUAAUUCACCUAAUGGAAAAGAAACUCUAGAACCACCAAUUGAUGUUACUCCAAAAGAACAAAUACAACAAAACCAAACUCAUAGAAAAGACACUGAUCCAAAAUCAAAUAAAAACUAUUUCAUUUUAUCACCAAAUAACUUUCAUGAUAAUGAAUUUCAUAAUGCAAAUAUAAGAUCACCAAUGGUUGAUUCUCCAGGGACAUUACUUAGUAGAAGUUCAAGUCAUAAUAAUGACAAUUUAAAACCACAAACAUUAACUGUUGAAGAAACCUCUAGAUCGAAUUGUUCAUCUCCAUUUGCUAAAGCUAAUAGACAAGCUAGAGUUGUCGAAACUAAUGAUGAUAUUAUAACGGAUGAAUUAAGUGAUGAUAUUAUACAAAAUCUAAGUACACCACAACAAAAAUCAAAAUCAAGAGAAAAUGCAAGUAUUUCAUUAUCAUCACCACCUCCUAAAUUACCAUUACCAAAUACACCAACAAAAAGACAAAAUUCUUCAAAUACUCCUAAAAAAUUCAAAUUUGAUGAAUCAAUACCUCAUGGUUUAGGAUUAGAAGGUGUAAAUUAUGAAGAUCAUAUAAUUAAACAACAACAAAUUGAUGAUAAUCGUAAAAUAUUUGAUGAUCAACCACCUAUGAAAUCACCAAUGAGAAAUAUUGGUAAUGUAACACCAGCAGUAACAAAAUUGGAAGAUGAACAAAAAAUUCAACAACUGCCUGCACAACAACAAGAGCAUCAACAACAACAAAGCUCAUUAUCUCGUACUGCAUCAGUAUUGAGAAGUUUAACUCAUAAAAGAUCUGUUUCUGGUGGAAGUCAAUCUAAAUUUCUGAUAUUCAAAUCACCAAGAGAAGAACUUAAUGCAGCUAGAGGUCAUUCACGUCAUAUUUCAGAUGGUUCUAUAUCAAAUGGAGCUAGUAAUCAAAACAAUGGUGUAAGUACCAAUAACAAUGGAAGUGGUUACUAUCAUGCAUUACAACAACAACAACAGCAACAGCAUCAACAGCACUUACAACAACAACAACAACAAUCAAAAUACUCUCCAAGUCAUGGAAGACUGACAUCAGAUUCAACAAUGAUGUUUUUUGAUAGUUCAAAUGAUCCUUAUGAUUUAAAAGCAAUAAAACAAGAAAUUUCAAAAUUAAUUAAUGAAAAAAAUUUAUAUGAACAAGAUGUUAAAAAAUUAAAAAAUGAUAAAUUAAAAUUAUCUGAUCAAUUAAAAAAUAUACAAUCAAAAAUUACAACUGAACUGAUUAAAUAUGAUAAUUUAGUAUCAGAAAUAAAAGAUUUGGAAAGUAAGAAAGAAAGCUUAGUUAGUGAAAAUAAUCAAUUAUUGGAACAAAAUAAACAAUUUGAAGCAUCAAGAUUAAAUAGAUCAUCAAGUACUGAAAUUGAUUCUUUUAAUAAUGAUAUUACAACAGUUACUAAUGCGAGUAGUUUUAGUACAUCUUCACCAAUGAAAGAUCCAGAUUAUCAUUAUCAAAAUCAUCAACAAUCUCAUCAAACUCAACAACAACAGAAUCAAUAUCAACAAAAUUCUCAACAACAGCAACAACAACAACAACCACAAGAAGAUGAACAAACUCAUAAAGCCACAAGAUUAAAAUUUUGGAGAAGACCUAAAAUUGGAAUGCCUCAAGUUGUAACUACUACUUCAUCAAAUAAUGAAAAUAAUUUUGCAAAUUCAAAUCAGAAUUCAAGAAUUCCGAAUAGUUUUUCUUCUCAAGGUUUAAGAGUUCCAAGUAAUGGAAGUAAUGGGAAUCAUAAUCAAAAUAACAACAAUAACAACAACAAUAAUAAUAAUAAAUUCACAAAAUCUAUUUCAUCCAAUUUUCUAGAUUCUUUUUUAAAUGGUAAUAAUAAUAGUAAUUACGAUCAAUCACAACAACAACAUCAACAUCAACAACACCACCAAGAUCAACCACGUCAUAAUGAUGGCUCACAAUUGUUCCAAUCUACAUUAACUGAACGUGCUGAAUAUGAAAAAAAUUUAAUCCCCAUAAUAAUAACAAGAUGUAUAAAAGAAGUUGAAUCAAGAGGUAUAAAUCAAGAAGGAAUAUAUAGAAUAUCAGGUGGGAAUUCUCUUAUAGUAUCAAUUGAAAAUGAAUUUUCAAGUUUAUAUAAACAAAAGGGAGAAAUUGAUGAAAAAAGAAUGUCGAAACUUGAAGAAAUUUUAUCAAAUGGAGAUAUUCAUGCAAUAACUUCUGCAUUAAAAAGAUAUUUAAGAAAAUUACCAGAUCCUGUAAUACCAUAUAUAAAAUAUGAAGAAUUCAUAUCAAUAUCUCAACAACAACACCUAUCAAAAGAAGAAAAAAUAAAAUUAUUAAAAACUGCCAUUAGUAAUUUACCAUUAACAAAUCAAAAAGUCUUGAAAGAGUUAUGUAAUCACCUACAUAAAAUAAAUUCACAAAAUAAUGAAAAUAGAAUGAAUUUUAAAAAUUUAAGUGUUGUUUUUGCUCCAACUUUAAUAAGAGAUAAAACAGGAGAAAAAGAAUUAACUGAUAUGGGAUUUAGAAAUGAUUCAAUUGAAUUAUUAUUCAAUGAAUCAAAUCUAAUUUUUUCAUAG